GGGCCGUCGACGCGCCCAGGAGCCCGCGCGGAGCCCGUCUUGCAGCGGCUCGUCGCCAUCCCCUGGCGCCUGCUUGCGCGCCGACCACCCUGCAUGCGAUCGCGGCAUCGCGCCCAGACAUGCUCGCCCAACGAUGCUGUCCACGCUUGCCCAUGGGCUGGCGAUUGUGGGCCAGCGGCCUCACGCAUGUGCGGGAUCAGACUGCAGAAUGCCUGGAAUCUGUGACAUCAUCCAAGUCCCGCACCGAAACCCUGCCGUAUCAACAAAGGGUUGAUCUCUCAGCCACAUAGGUAACCUGAAAAUAAUUUUCGCACGGCCCUGGUCGCAUGUCCAUCCUGUUCAGCUGUAUCUUCGCAAACCUCUGCAUUUGAUCCUGUGCAUCUCGCGGUGGGUGCACUCGUCUGCUCAGCGUCUCCACUCGCCCAACUUGCACAUGGCACUGCUCCGCGGUACCAACUCGACCGAUCCACCAGCCGUUUCGUCACGGUAAACAAGCAUGGCAACCGCCACCAAGGUCCGGGACCAUGUCGACCACGCGCAGGACAAAACAAAAUCAAAAACAAGAGCUGCCAUCGAUUUCGCCCACCAAGCUGAAAGAUUGGCAUAUCUUGCCCCAGCCCAAGAAGAUGACGCUACUGGCUCAACACAAGCUGUCGAGGCAAAGUUCAUCACCGCACAAGAUCCCGUCAUUGUGACCGCAGAUGGCGGACGCUUACCAGCAGUUCCUAUCGACGAAGCUAAGAAGCUCAACAGACUAAGGGAUCUAAUCGACGACAGGGACCCCUCCGAGAGCGCACCGGUGGCGGGCGAGGCACGUGAAGCAAAGGAUGGUACGAUACAUGGCGCACGCCCAGCAGACGCCUCUCCUUCGCAGGCUGGUGACGAAGGGCAGACGGAUGCUCCGCUCCAAAGUCAAACACCACCAUCAAGGACGAACCCACUCUUCCCACCACUCCCCAUGUACGGGCCUCCCUCGGUGCUUCGCAAGCUCCAAGUUUGGUGUUUCAGAGGAACUUCAGCCGUACUCUCUUUUUGCUUUCUUCUGGUCAUCAUCCUCGGUGCUCUAUUUACCAGCAUGCCGGAUGUUGCGAAGAGGCAGUGGAUGCGACUCACCUUUCAAGAUCCUAACAAAAACCGGCCAUUCUACCAUGAAGAGUACAAGAGAAAGAGAGCUCGCCGGGUAGCUGAAAAAGCAUGGGAAAAGGAGAGCCACUCGCAGACAAAAGCCAAUGCUCAUGGAGCAGACGAGUUCACACCCCUCGAAGGCGGGCCCGACAAAAUCCCCUGUGACGUUCGCUACUAUGCGCGCCGUGUAGGCCUCGACUGCGAGAUCUUUGAAGUUCAGACUGAAGACGGCUUUAUUAUUGAACUCUGGCACAUCUAUAACCCACGAGAGUACAAACGGAGCGACCCGUUGCAGCGUACACCCAACAGUCCGGAUGUCUUUAACAAUGCUACUUCUACGGACGGUGUGUCAGGCUCCCAGUACGAACCCGGCGACAAGAAGUAUCCUGUCCUUCUGAUCCACGGCUUAUUGCAAUCUGCAGGCGCCUACUGUACCAACGACGACGACAGUCUCGCCUUCUUCCUUGCCAAAUCAGGCUACGAUGUUUGGUUGGGGAACAACAGGUGUGGUUUCAAACCGCGCCACAACAUGCUUUCCUACUCAGACCCGCGUAUGUGGGCCUGGAACAUCCGACAGAUGGGCGUCAUGGACCUCCCUGCGCUCAUUUCACGCGUCCUUGCCGAAACGGGCUUCUCGAAGCUUGGGCUCAUCGCGCACAGCCAAGGCACGACACAAACGCUCGUCGCUCUCGCCAAAGAACAACGUCCAGAAAUUGGCGACAAGAUUUCUGUAUUCUGUGCCCUUGCGCCAGCCGCCUAUGCCGGUCCACUCAUUGGCAAAAUGUACUUCAAGUUCAUGCGCGUGAUUAGCCCAGGCAUGUUUCGCGCUAUUUUCGGCAUCCAUGCCUUCAUUCCAUUCAUGAUGACCAUGCAUUCGCUGCUCCCGCCCCGAUUCUAUGGUGCCAUGGGCUACCGUGUCUUCAGUUUCCUUUUCAAUUGGACAGACGACCGCUGGGAGCGAGACCUUCGAGACCGCAUGUUCCAAUUCGCGCCUGUCUACGUCAGCGCCGAGAGCAUGCGCUGGUGGCUCGGUAGGGAGUGCUUUGCGAAGCAAAAAUGCAUUCUGGCCACGAGGGAGGAAAAGAUCAUCGAGGACCGGGAAGAUGCGCAAGAGGACGAGCAACGCGAGCGCUCUGACGAAUCGUCAGAUGAUGAAGACGACGAGCUCGGAGCUGGCGCCGAUGCUAUCGAUGUACACAACCACGACAGUAAUCGCGCAAAGUACGCGUGGUACGGGCCUCGGACACCACCUUUCGCGUUCUGGGUCUGCGGUAAUGAUGCUCUCGUGGAUGGGCGCCGGCUCCUGCGCCGUUUCGAACGUGGACGUGAACCAUACGUCAAUCUAGUACACUCCAAGGUCAUCGAAGGGUACGAGCAUCUUGACGUGAUAUGGGCCAUGGAUGCAAUCGAAAAAGUGGGCAAAGAAGUCCGAGAAGUGAUAUGGAAGACGGCGGAUGAGGAGGCGCGGAAGAUGUGCAGAACACCAAGAGGCUGUGCAGGCAUCAAGCAAGACGAUUGCUAUGCGAGGGUUGGCGAUCAGGAGACGGAGUCGAGAAGGAUGGAUAGCACCGCUGGGGAGUGGAGUGCGAAGGGGAGGGAGCAGGUCAGUGGCGGUGGCGGUGAAGGAGACCGCAACUUGGAAGAAGAGAUCCGGGAAGGUGACGAACGAGUGUAGGUUCACCGUGUCGUCGGAUUGAGGCGUGCCACGGCGACGGUAUUCUUGCAUUAUGACGGUUAUUUUCUGCACACAUGAUAUCCCCUACGCGCUGUUUGGACCUUACUCCGCAACAUUCUAGACCGUGGGCGUACACCUGCGACGAUAACGGCUUCCUGUGGAUGUGAAUUCACCUGUAAUUGCCGUGUAUAUAUAGCAACGAUUUGGCUGUCGUUUCCACAUACGACCAUAGGACACUGAAAACUAGCUUCCUUGUCCACCCUGCCGUCUGUCUAGGAACCGUAACCGGAAACACGACACAGAACGGUUAACAGGCUCUGCCUAACUAGGAUAUGUUAGCGCCUAUAAAUAUCGGG